UCCUUGACAUACGUCAGAUUCAGUUUCAUAAAGUGUUUUCUAAACUACCGAGUAAGUUUAGUAGUUAUCAAGGUGGUUUUUAUUUAAGACUAAAACUCGGUUUUUCCAAAUGAUUAUUAACCAAAAAUCAAUGCAAAUACGAUAAUAAGUAUUUAGAUUUAGUGAAUAGUUUCAUUCAAAAGAGCUGACAGUAUCUGGAUUAAAAGAUGUGUCCGUUUUCUGGUCUGGUGCAGUUUUUAAUACUGCUUGUAACACUUCUUCUUGUGUGCCAUGCAGUUAUCGUCAAAAGUUUCAAGACUAAUUUUAAGCCAAACUCAACUACGGUGACAAUGUACGAAUCUGUGGUUGUAGAAUACAACAUCGAUCCUCAAGGUGAUCCUCUAUCCGAGUACGUACUGUAUAGUGAAAACGAUGAGGUGGCAUCUCUUGAUAAAGAAUAUCUUAUAUCAAAUAAAAACCUGAACAUGCGAGGUACCUUUAACAUAUCGGGGAACUUUUUAGGUAAAACGGUAAUAUCCUGCAGGAAAAAAAAUUCUGCCGAAUUAUCGGAAGAUCCUCUAAAAGUAAUAGUGAUCAGAAAGAAACGCUUGAUAGACACCAUAUUCACUGCCAGCGUCGCGACGCUGGUCAGCAUACUGUACGUCAAUUUCGGUUGCGCGAUGGAUUGGGGCGAUUUCAAAAAUAUUUUAAAGAGACCGGUCGGACCCAGCAUCGGAUUGUUCGGCCAUUUUGUCAUUAUGCCUUUGCUUAGUUACGGACUAGGAUUGUUACUGUUUCCCGAUAACCAUGAAAUGCAAUUGGGUCUAUUUUUCACGGGAGUAUCCCCGGCAGGUGGGGCUUCCAACGUGUGGGCGGUACUGUUGGAAGGAAAUUUAAGUUUGUCCAUUUCGAUGACAGCCGCCAGCACGAUCGCCGCAUUUGGACUCAUGCCCUUGUGGAUUUUUACUUUAGGACGACUAAUAUUCAACAAUGCCAAGCUCAAAGUACCCUAUAAGGAAAUAAUGACGUACGUGAUAGCGCUGAUAGUGCCGCUAGCAAUCGGUUACCUGAUUCAGAGGUACUUGAAUAGGGUCGCUCAAUUUAUGACGAGAAUCAUCAAAGGAUUUUCUUCGCUGCUGAUUAUCUUUAUCAUAAUUUUCGCUAUCGUUACCAACAUGUAUUUGUUCCAGUUAUUCUCGUGGAAGAUAAUUCUCGCUGGUAUGGGAAUACCAUGGUUGGGCUAUCUUUCUGGGUACCUCAUAGCUAAACUGUUGAGAAGAAAUCCUACCGAUUGUCUCACUAUAGCCAUCGAAGUCGGCAUCCAGAAUACCGGCAUAGCGAUAUUUUUGUUAAGGUUUGCGUUGUCGCAACCGGAGGCGGAUCUCACGACAGUUGCUCCUGUAUCAGUGGCGGUAUUGACGCCGUUCCCGCUGUUAUUUCUUUUUCUUGUCAAGAAAGCUCAAUCGCGGUUCUGUCAUUCGCAUUCGAAAUUGUCUCAAGAGGAAAUCCUGAAAACGGACAAAAACAGCAACAACAACGGCGUCGGAAUACAUAACGAAUUACAGAGUAUAGCUAAAAAAAUAAGUGAUGUCGAAUGAAAAAAAUGUAGUUAAUAUAGUAGUUUUUAUUAAAAA